AUGACCGAUGCAUGGACGGACAUCAAGAGGAGGAGCAUCAUGAAUGUGUGCAUGCAUUGUAGUGGUGGAACUUCUUUCCUCAAGUCAAAGGAGACUUCGGAUGUGUCACAUACCGCGAAAGUCAUAUUUGAACUAGUAGACAAGACAAUUGAGGAGGUUAGGGCUGAACAUGCGAUGCAAGUUUGUACGGAUAAUGCUUCCAAUAACAUGGGAGCCAAGAAGAUGUUGCUUGAGAAGAGGCCAAAAAUAUUUUGGAGCUCUUGUGCAACUCACACCAUCAACUUGAUGCUCCAAGGAAUUGGCAACAUCAAAAGGUUCAAGAACAUAGUUGAUCAAGCAAAGAAUGUCACUAUCUUCAUCUAUGCGCAUCACAAGACAUUGGCAUACAUGAGGAAAUGCACAAAGAGGAGAGAUAUCAUAAGGCCGGGGGUGACUAGAUUUGCUUCCAAUUUCCUGACUUUACAAAGCUUGGCAGAAAAGAGAGAUGCUCUAAGGGCUAUGGUGGUUGAUAGAGCAUGGGAGGAGAUGCCAAUUGUGAAGUCCAAGAAGGAAAAAGAUACAACGACCACCUCGAUGGAUGCCAACUUUUGGAAAGGAGUAACACUUUGCUUGAAGGUGUUUGAGCCAUUGGUGAUCCUUCUUCGUUUGGUUGAUGGGGAUGUUAAGCCAUCCAUGGCUUGGCUUUAUGGAGAGAUGUUGAAGGCAAAGAUCAAGAUCAAGAAGGCAUUUGGCAAUGUUGAGAAGAACUACAAAGAGACUAUAACCAUCAUUGACAAGAAGUUGAAAGGAAGGCUUGAUACAUUUGGAUGGUGGAAGCUCUAUGGAACUGAGGUUCCUUUGUUGCAAAAGAUGGCUAUCAGGAUCUUAUCAUUGACAUCUAGCUCUUCCGGUUGUGAAAGAAAUUGGAGCGUCUAUGAAAUGAUUCACACCAAGAGAAGAAAUAGACUAACAACGGAUCGCCUCAACAACAUGGUCUACAUAAAUUUCAAUACAAGGAUGAUGUCCAAGAGAGAUGAGGAGGAUGGAGAUCAUAGUGUGCAUCCUGCUACGGGGGUACCUUAUGAUGUUAUUGGAGAAGCAAUGGGUGCACAAGAGCAACUCCAACCUCGUAGAAGUGCAAGAGUGAGAGAUCUUGAGGAAGAAGAGUUUGAGUCCGAGGAAGAGGAGAUGGUUGAUGAUGACAUUGAGUAUGAGGAUGAUAAUGACUAUUGA